UGCUUUCUUUCCAAACGGUAACUGUUUCCCUGUUGAGACCGAUUGCCCAAUCACAGCCUUCCCUUAAGAAAACACAUAGUGUAAUGAGUGUCUUAUGUGAUCAAGUGUGGGUUUAUUCUUCAGGUUUGCCAUGGCGGUGUGCCACUGAAGCUGUGCCAUCUACACAACAACAUUGGAGACAUGAAGAUAGCUUCAUUCAACGUACAAAGGUUCGGACUGACAAAAGUCUCAGAUCCAGACAUCCUGUCAACUCUGGUUAAGAUUGCAUCUCGAUAUGACAUUAUAGUGAUCCUGGAGGUAGUGGAUGUGAGUGGAGACUCUGUUAAACUGUUCUUUGAGGAGUUGAACAGGGUCAACACAACUCAUCACUACACACUGAAGCUCAGCAGCCGCCUGGGAAGGAACAGAUACAAGGAACAAUUCCUGUUUCUCUACAGGGAUGAUGUGGUUGAUUUGAUUGACUCCUAUCAAUAUGAAGACAACCAGGUGAAUGACGUGGAUGCUUUUGCAAGAGAGCCGUAUAUUCUCCACUUCCAACUGCACAACACAGUGCUGAAGGAUAUAGUGCUGAUUCCAGUCCACACCACACCAUCAGACUCAGAGAAAGAGCUGGAUGAGCUGUUUGAGGUCUUCCUGGUGGUCAAAGACAAAUGGAAAACUGAUAACAUAAUGAUCCUGGGGGACUUCAAUGCAGAUGGUGCGUAUGUCACAGAUAAAAAAAUGAAGAACAUCCGUAUUCGCAGUGACAAGAAUUUCCACUGGCUGAUUGAUGAUGAUGUGGACACCACUGCAAAUACAUCAAAUGAACACACUUAUGACAGGAUUGUUGUAUAUGGAGAAGACAUGCUGGCAGCCAUUGUGCCAAACUCAGCCAAGCCAUUCAAUUUCCACAAAGAAUUUGCUAUGACAGAAGAAAUGGCCCUGAGAGUGAGCGAUCACUACCCUGUUGAAGUUGAAUUACGUAGCACCCCUCCCUUCUGCAUGAGAAAGAGCGACCAGAGAUGUGACAUUGUUGAGACCCAGCAAACAUCAGCCAACAAAAGUGUCACAGAGACUUUGCAGCUUGAUGUGCUGAAACUGCAAAAGGAAAACCUCUUGCUGGUGCGAGAAAAACUUCAACUUCAGAUCUCAUUAUUAAAACAGCGACUUGCCAACAUGGAACUGAAAAAAUGACUAGUAGAUCUGAAAUGAUUCUGUUUUUGAUAAGCUUUUGUUUUUCACUGUCAUUUGUCUGAUAGAAUUUAUAUUUCAGAAUAAAUAUAAAUAUAAUGGUUUGGUCACACAUUUGCUUUGUAGUUGUUUUGCAGAAGAAGCAGAGUUGUUAAUGACAAGCAACAUUGUAGGUACAAUGAAUGAAGUAUAUAAUGAGAUAAAAGAGAUGAAACUGAGAUAUACUCUGAUUUGUUUACCGCAGCUAGAUUUCUCUUCAGUUCUUGCCUCAUUGUCCUGAGGGAUUCUGUGUUCUGUAUCCUGUUAAAUACCUUCACAGGCUUCUCUGUGAUUGUUGGAAUCAGUCACAGAACAAGAAUGGAAUAAGAUGCUAGAGAAACUCUAGAAAUAAUUUACAGUUCAAAGUAAGGUUACGGUUAUAAAUCAGCACAGGGGUUAUUGUCAAAUUGUUUUCUUUUUUGUCUGAUGACGAACAAACUUCUGAAAAUGUGAUGAACACAAAACUGUUAAAAGUAAUGUAAGAGCAGAAAAGUAAAUAACGCCUGAUGCCAGACCUAGCUGUAUGAAAUGUAGCAUUUAUAAUCAUGGGAAAUACUUAACAGCAUGUGGAUUCUUUUUCUCAUUAAAGCAAAUAAAGUGUAUAGUUUCUAUUUACAAAUACUGUCACAGAGUCU